UGCCACAUUUGUGCCAGCACCUCCCACAAUUCUUCAGGUCAUGUGAUCUUAACUUUAAAAGUGCAGCACUGUCGUUCUGGGAGUCAGACUGGCUGAUUAACACUCCUCUGCACUGAUCAUCAGCACACUGCAGUAAUGUCAAUGCCUGGAGGCUGGAUCCCCCUUGAGCUGGUCACUCAAGAGGUGAAAAAGAUGUGCCUUGAGGUGAGGCCAAAGAUAGAGAAGAUGGUUGGAACUAAUUUUAAGAUUUACAUUCCUCUGGUCUAUUCUUCUCAGGUUGUGGCAGGAAUAAAUUACAAGUUCAAGGUGUUGGUUGAUGUCGAUGGGGAUGGAGUGUGUGUUCACGCAUUGAUAUUUCAGGCUCUUCCCUGUUAUGGAGGGGAACGGAGUGUGACUGAAAUCCAGUACCCCAAAUCCAUUGAUGACCCGCUGAUCCCUUCUAAACACUUACAGAAAUAGUAUUUAUCUAAUAACAGACACAUGCAAUGAGCUGCCAUACUGUAUAGAGGAACAAUUGAAAUCAUUUCAUUCCUCAAUAUUA